AUGGCUGAGGUGAAAACGGAACAGGAGAGAAUGAAUCUUGAAGCUGGAAGGGGUCAAACUCGCACAUCGAAUUUGCAAACUCAGGGGCUAGUCCACUGCCUGUGGUUAACGAAUGCGGACAGCCCAAAUGAAUGUUUGGUUCUACAACGAGGGACAGGUAACUACUAUGCCAAUAAUACCUCCACUCCUUGUACUUCCUUAGCAACCUACUUCUUGUCGCUCUUGCAUGACUUUGUUCCUCGCUUUCCAGAUAUCGGCAAAAACACAUCCCACGACGACAACGACAGCACAGCAAUAUUCCAGCUGGUCUUGCCAACCUCCUACACAGCCAUCCAUCGACUAAAAUUCCACUUCCACCCCCCAACGUGCUCAAGAUUGCAAAUCAGUUGUUGUUCCUGGGGUUCCUUCACGGUUCUUCCGAGUCGCUGGUACGCCUAUUACCUCAUCCUACUUCUCUCUGACGAAUCUCCUUCACAUACUCCCGCCUCAGCCUCCCCCGGCCCCUCGAACCUUACUACAAACCUCGAAUCCGUACCUACCACCGCUACUACUACGACUACUAGUUCUACUCCUACUGGUUCCGUCACAAACCAUUCCUCGACCCCAUCUAACGCCCAGAUCACUCACGAGAAUAUUUCCCUAUCCCUUCAAAGCAACGAACUGCCCCCAAGGCUUCCAGGCUUAGGUUUACAUACCGACCGUAGUGACACUAUUGGGCUUGGAUCGCGCCUAAUCAACCGCCGCCGUCGUCGGGAACGAACUCCUCCUGAUCAAUCUGAUCAAUCUGAGAGGGCCGGGUCGAGGUCUGGAAAUCCUGGUACGCCCAGACAGUUGCUUGAAGAGCAAGGUAGGGUUCGCAACAGAGACGACAUUCCUCCUUCUCCCAAGCGCAGGCGCCUGGCUGGUAGCAACAUGCGUCCCGACGGCGGAGCUUCAACUUCAAACACAAACGGGUUCUCCCCCAUAUCGAAUGGCUCGACCUCUUCUCCACUACGAAAAGCCCCUGUUUCCAACUCGGUUAACGGCAGAUCUUCGCAUUCCAGUCCUAACGGCCAGCCCCAGGCAAACGGUUCUGGCAAGUCGCCGGCUUCCAUCUCACCUACAUACUUUGGCCAUGAUCGGGAGGAGGUGACGAGGAUUCUGAUUCAGAGUUUGCAUGAUCUGGGAUAUAACGAGGCUGCGUCUACAUUAAGCCGGGAAUCCGGAUAUGAACUCGAGAGCCCCGCUGUAGCUUCGUUCCGGUCAGCAGUACUUGAUGGGCGGUGGGCGGAUGCAGAGGAUAUUUUGCUGGGUUCAUAUUAUCCGGAUAGAGGGGGAAAUGGGACAGAUGCAGGUGGAGGAAAUACCAUUGACCGUGGGACCGACACCGAUCUUGGCACUCUCGUUUUAGCAGAAGGGGCGGAUAGAAAUGAGAUGCUCUUCUGUCUCAGACAGCAGAAAUUCCUUGAAUUAUUAGAGCAACGGGAUCUUGCAACGGCGUUGAUGGUACUCCGGCAGGAACUGACACCGUUAAACCAUGAUAUCGCACAGCUACAUGCCCUUUCCAGUCUAUUGAUGUGCCCUGCAGAAAAUUUACGAGCGCAAGCGGGUUGGGAUGGUUCAGUACUACAAUCACGACAGAGGCUAUUGGGAGAGCUAUCAAGAUCUAUAUCUCCAGCUGUUAUGAUUCCCGAUCACAGAUUAGCAGUUUUACUGGACUACGUUAAACAGAAUCAGAUCAACCAAUGUCUAUAUCACAACACGGCUGAAUCCCCCUCGCUUUAUUCAGAUCACCAGUGCGAUCGAUCCCAAUUCCCUCUACGAACAUCCCUCGAACUCAGUGAACAUACGGACGAGGUCUGGUACCUUGAAUUUUCUCGUGAUGGUACCAAACUAGCAACAACAGGCCGUGAAAACAUCGUGAUUAUAUACGAUGUUCCCACUUUCAGCGUCAUCCAUAGACUAACUGAUCAUGGUGGCCCCGUUGCAUAUGCAACAUGGAGUCCUGAUGAUUCUAAGCUCAUUAGCUGCUCUCAAGAUUACAAAGCUCGGCUAUGGGAUGUGGAAACUGGACGGUGUAUCCUCACCAUCGAUCACCAUAAUGAACCAGUAACCUCUGCCGCAUGGGCUCCAAAUGGUGACUCAUUUGUCACUGGCUCUCUCGAUCGCCAAUCCCAACUCUGCCAUUGGAGUGUGGCUGGCGAAUCCCUUUACAAGUGGUCCGGCCAAUAUAGAGUUCGAGACUGUUCCAUAUCUCCCGACGGCCGUCGACUCAUCGCCAUAUCCACGGAGAAAAAGAUUUACGUCUAUAACUUCGAAACUCGUGCCGAGGAAUAUAGCAUGUCUAUCAAGCUUGACCUCACCUGCAUCAAUAUCAGCCGAGAUUCUAGAUACAUGUUGCUAAAUACGUCCGAAUGUGAAAUGCAGUUGUUAGACAUCGAAACAAGGGAAGUUGCUCGGCAGUAUGUAGGACAGAAGCAGCAAGGAAAUGAUGAAUAUAUUAUUAGAAAUAGUUUUGGUGGCGCCGCGGAGAAUUUUGUCGUGAGUGGUAGUGAAGAUUCCAAGAUCCACAUCUGGCACAAGGAGAAUUGCACACUGGUUGCAACGCUUCAGGGACACGGCGUAGGCUGCGUCAACGCCGUAUCAUGGAAUCCAAAGGACCCGGGAAUGUUCGCAUCGGCAGGGGAUGACCGAAAAGUUCGAAUAUGGACACGAGAUCCGCCAACCCGCACACCCGUUUCUGGGAAAUCACGGAUGCCGCCAUCGAACGGUUCGGCACGGACAAGCGCGCUACGGUCUACAUUCAAUCGAUCUCCGAACUUUUGA